AAUAAGCAUUAAUGAAUGCAAGUGCCAGGGAACAGAGGUCUUUGUUUACCUUCCAUUUGCAGUUACAAUUCUUUCUCAUUUUUCUAUUUUAUCAUGGUUCUUUCUUAGAUGUGACCGUGAUCUGGCAGACUGUCAAUGUUAGUUUAAGAAUGUGGUGGUUUUGACCUGUCUUUUUAUCUGGAUUUGACUUCUUUUUCUGCAAGAGAGACUGUUGGCCAGCACGAUCCUGAUACUGCAUUCUGGAUGCCAGGUGACUUCAUGCUGCACUCUGGAUGCCAGGUGACUUCAUGCUGCACUCUGGAUGCCAGGUACUUCAUGCUGCAGUCUGGAUGCCAGGUGACUUCAUGCUGCACUCUGGAUGCCAGGUGACUUCAUGCUGCACUCUGGAUGCCAGGUGACUUCAUGCUGCACUCUGGAUGCCAGGUGACUUCAUGCUGCACUCUGGAUGCCAGGUGACUUCAUCAUGUUGAAGAAAGUCACUUUUUUUUCAUUAUAAACUUCAGAGAUUGAAGUUCAGCAUUAAAUUACAUUUCUGUGAAGGUACAUAUCUGAGGCUGGUUUUGAGGGGUUUUCUCUCCUUACAGUCUGGCCUGAGGCCAGGCUGCCCUGUUGAAUGUUUGACCAGCUACGUUGUUUCUACUAGUGGCCUGCAGACCUACAUAGCUGGGCGAUCUGUAUAUUUGUGUUAUAGAUGUAAAACUUUGUUGAAUAUAUUUUAGGGGUCUUUUUUUCCAGUGUGCCAAAGAGUAGUUUGUGAGUGUAUAUAAUUGUUGUCAUUCAAAAGAAACUGGCUGUUGUCAUAGACAAAAGUGAAAUUUUAAAUCACACAAAUAACUUGGAAGCACAAUGGAGGAAUCUGAGGAUAGUGAGGCCCAAGUGCAAUUAAAAGCUAAGUCAUUAACUAUGUCAAAUAUAGCAGAUAAUGCACAAAAAGAUGAUGAAAAAAACAAAGAGAAAGAAAAUGAUGAAGAAUGCAAAGAGAGAUCAAUGCUCAAUGCAGAAAAGGAGAAAGGAAAGGAUAAAAAAAGGAAUAUUGUAAAGGAGGUAGGAAAAGGAAUAAAACAAACAAGAGGAAAGCAUGAAAACAACACUCAUAAUCUAAAGUACAGAGAGAAAAGUGCUUAUGAUGAAGAGAAUGAUGCUGAGGGAGAUACAGGGAAGGAGAAAGAUCUUAAUAUUGAAGAGGAAGGAGGGAGAGGAGACCCUGGAACUGCUAAUGAAAAAAAUAAUGCUACUAAUCAGUGUGAAGAGAAAUGUCAGGUUAAAGUCAAUCAACUGAGUGAAGAAGAGAAGUGGGUAAAUAAAGAAAAAAUAAUAUGUGAUAUUCAGUAUAUUAAGAAAGACAAGGAAGACAAAAAGCAAAAUAUCAUAUUAAUUACCUGUAUGUCUGGGGAAUCACAAAUUAUUCACCAAGACUGCAAGGAAAUGUCAGGGAAGCAAAGAGUGUUGAAUAAGAAUGAGGGUCCAAAACAUGCAGAUCAGGAGACAAAGAAAGAUAUAAAAAACACAGAUGAAGCUGAAGAAGAGGAGAAAGUCAGAGAAGAAGUGGAAGAAAAGAAUUUUGGAGAAGAAGAAUCUAUUAACCAAGAGGGUGUGGAAGGCAGUAAGACAAACAAGAAAGACCUGAGUCAGAAAAUAAAACAGCAGAAAGAUAUAGAAGUUGUACAAACUCAGGCAGACAUUGAAACAGAUAAUGCAGGAAAGAAGUUGGGGAUUCCUAAAACGAAAAUGGAUAGAGAGAGGCAGAAAUAUGUUAAAGAGGAAUUGGGAAAUGAAGAGAGCAUGGAAAAUGGUAUGGACAACCAAGUCAAUUUACAAGAAUCAGAGACCAAGAAAGGCAUUGAAAGGAAUGCAGCAAAUCCAAAAAAUUUUCAAAGUUUGGAAAGUCAAGAAAAUGUGAAAAAUACUGUAGAAAGUGAGAUAAAUAAGGAAAAGAGUAUAGAGAAUAAAGUAAAUAUGGGAAAGGUAGAGAAUGAGGUAAAUAUGGAAAAGGUAGGGAAUGAGGUAAAUAUGAAAAAGAAUGUGGAGAAUGAGAAAGAGACUGUUGAAAACGAAGUAAGUAGUGAAGGUAAUAUAGUUAAUGAUAAAAAUAUUGAAACAAAUGUGGAACAUGAAAUAAAUAUGGAAAAGGAGUUAGAGAUGCAGAAGAAUAUUGAAAAGAAUGUGGUUCACGAAACAAAUAUAGAAAAGUAUUUAGAAGAAGAAAAAAUUAACAAAACAGCAGAAAAUGGAAUAAAUAUGGAAAAGGAGUUAGUGACACAGAGAAAUAUUGAAAAGAAUGGAGAAAAGAAGAAAAAUAUAGUAAAGGAGAUUGGGAGUACUGACAACAUUGAAGUUAAUACAGGAAAACAGGAAAAUGCAGAGGAGUUAAUAGGUCAGGAAUCCCUAGAAAUGUGUGUGGAGAAACAUGAAGCUGCAGAACUUGAAAAUCGCAAAUUUUAAGCGAGGCUUUGGGGAUCCUGGAAAAUAAAGAAAAAAAGAACCACAAGAACAUAGAAGAAUUGGAAAGUCAGGAAAGUACAAAAAAACUGGAAAAUCAGAAAAAUAUAGAUGAUAUCAUAGAGAAUUGGAAUGAAUCAGGGGAGAAAAUGGAGCAACAGAAAGGGCAAGAGAUACCAAAUAAACAGAAAAAUAAUAAUGUUGAAUGCCAAGUGAAUGUCAUAAACAAGACAGUAUACAAGAAAUGCCAGGAACAGAAUUUGCGGCUCCAAACAGAUGCAUCUAAAUGCUUUAAAUGUAUGGAAGAGGGUACUAAAUUCUGUAAACAUACAGUUGAAUAUAGCAAAGAUACAACACUGGAGGUGGGUAACACGAAAGAUGAAAUGUUGCAAGAUCAGCCUAAGGUCAGAGAGGAGAAACAAAAGGAGGAGUCCACUAAAAGUGUCUUAGAGAGGCCUGUUAGUGAAGAAAAACCAGACGAACCAAACAAAAGCUCACAUAUAGAUCAUGAUCCAGUGGAAAUCAAAGGUGUUAAGAAGUUUUUUGGCCAAAAAAAGAAGUCCCAAAUUCUUCAAAGAAAGUGCAUUAAGAGACUCUUAACUUCUGAGAAAGAAGAGUAUAUGGAAUCUGUUUGUCAGAGCAGCUUAAGGGAUGAGAAAUCAGCUGCUGUUAUCAGUGAAGAUGAAAGGCAAAGUAGAGUUUGGGGCGAAGAUGAGAGAGGUGUUACUCCAAAUAGCACAGCGGACCAGAAUAUCUUGGAGUCUACUAGCAGUUCCAACAGUCAAGAGAAUGAAUACCAGCCUUGUCAUAGUACUGAUAUGAGUAGUGGAUCCCAAAGUUCAGGCAGCAAAAGUAAGGUGCACACAGUUGCUAAUGAAGCAAACAGAGGUCAUCAGGACAGUAUUACCAAUGUUGAUAACUUCACUGAUGUUCAUUCUGAAAAUGAUCAGCUAUCAAAAGAUACAGAUAAGAAUUAUCAGUCUCCAAAGAAACAGAAAGGUGUUGAAGGUAAUCAGUCUGCAUGUCCAUUACACAAAAAGCUGCAAGAUCCUGAAAGUUCGCAAGCCAAAACUGAAUCAAAGAGUAAAAUGGUGGAAUGCAUAGAUUUACUUAGUGAUGAUGAUGGUGGUGAUGAUGCUAGUACUGCCUACACAAGCACAACUGCAUCAAAGACAUUACAUCAUGUUCGAGAAAAAAUUGUCCCUACUGUUUGUGAAAAAUGUCGGAGUAUAUGGAAUAAUCAAGUAUUGAGUACAAUUUUCUUGGGCGUUGAGUCUGUUACUGUCAACUCAAAGAUAACAUAUGGUGCCAUCAUAUGCAUCAACCACUGGGCUGAGUCCCAUUAUUUAAGUGGAAAGGAGUCUGCAGUAAGAAGCUUACUUGAUAGAGCAGAUUUAUGCAAAAAUAUUGGCUCUUUAAGGAUAAGUGAGGUUAAUCAUUGGCUUGGCAGCCUCAUGAAAGCUGGUAAGGUAAAAUGUUGUGAUGUUUUUGAGGCUUUUUACCAGCCAGAUGUCCAAAAUAAAUUGCUUUCAUCCCUACCUCACACAGAUGUGUCUACAGAUAAAGCUACGGGAAUUAAAAUAAGGGUUGACUCUGUAGAUGGUGAGAAUCAGCCACCUAAAAAGAAUAUUAGUCAGUCUCCAAAGGACUGCCCAUCUUCCUUAAAGAAUCAGUCACUGACAAGUCCAGGGUAUAUUUUACCUUUACAAAAAGGCUCUGAUUCUGCAAAAAAUGUCCUAUCAGGAGUAUGGAAUACUCCUGUGUUUGACAGAAAGGUAGUAUUGCCAGGCAUUGGACAAGAAAAGUCAGCAACAUGCUUAGAUAAACAAGGGAAGUCUACCUCAGGGUAUGCUCAAGAGUGUGCUACAAGGAAUUGUCAAAUAGAUUCAGGAAAGACCACAUCAACAGAAGCUGUUUAUUCUUCAUCUGACAUGGGUAAAGCAGUUAGCCCAAAGCAGUCUUUGCAAUCUUCAUCUGAGAAAGCUGAAUUAGUUCUGACAGAGGUCACACCACCUGCUACUAAGGCAGGAAGUUCAUCUGAAAUGGUGUCACCUGUUUCUAGAAAAAGAACAGCAGAUAUGUUAAUAGAAGAUACCCCACAUACCCUCAGAGAUGAAAACUCACAAAACCUAGAGUCAGUUGAUUCAAAGAUCACUACUACUGCAACUUUGUGUGAGAAACCCACUACAGAUUUAGAGAAAGAUGUAGCCUCUCACUCUGAGACAAAUGAGACACCACCAAGUAUGAGUUACAAUGUAUUACAAACUGAUGAUACAGUUGCAGAAAAAAUCUUAGACACAUCUGUAUCCUCUACUUCACAUUCCAACUCCACAGUGAUAACAAGUUUAACUUUACCUCCUGAUGCAAGUACAUCUGAUUGUCUUAAUGAAAGUUUGCACUCAGUUUCAGUUGAACAAGAGAUUGACACACCAAAGAGGAAGAGGAAGAGGAAGAGGAAAAGUCUAGCACCACCCACUAGAUCUGCAAGGCCCAUAAUUCAUCCUUCACAAUCACCAACUUCUCAGGAUGCUACUGUCACUUCUUCAGCCAUGUCUCCACAACAUAGUACACUUGUUGCCACAAAUUUAACACUAACUUCUCAUAACGAGGAGGCAGGCAAAACAACAGUAAGUUCUACACAGGAAGCAGCUUCAUCUAUUGAACAAUGGCCAACACUUCAGCAAGAACAUGAUCCACCAUUACAGCCACUUCAGCUUCAAGCAGUAUUUAAUAAAGAAGAGCAGUGUUCACAGGAGCAACAUGAUAUAAACAGCACAAGUACAUUGCAAAAUGCACAAAAUUCUUCCAAGGUAUACAUGCAUCAAAUUGAUGAAAAUUCCAUACCCUCCGAUUCUGACAGUGGUGGGGGCGAGGACAAUCUUCAUGUCAAUAGUGAAGAAAGUUCUUCUGAUAAUUUAUGUUCAGUUCUGGGAUUGAAUGUGAGCACUUUAGAUACUUAUUGUUCUAGCACAGAUAUGAAAACCAUCACCAAUGGAGUUAUGGCCAGAAAUCCUUCAAAAAGAUACAAGUUUAGUUUUUGUCAUUAUGCUAUGCUCAAGGAACAAUCAGCAUUGAGUGGGUUAGCCAGGGAAGCUUUUAAUCUCAUGCCAUUUGAAUCUGACAAUUGCCGUCCACUAGCUCAAGGUACUAAUGGUCGGGAGCGCUUCUUGACAAACAGGGAACUGUUAACAUUGCAGAGCAUAUGCAUAUUGCAUCCCGAAAACCCAGAUGUUGACUUGUUUUUCCGGAUAUUAGUUCAGAUACUUAUGACAAGAAGUAGAGUAUUGUUAGUGCCCAAUAGUCUCACUCUUCUCCUUGUGGCAGAGAAUUUACGUCGAGAAUGUAAUCGUGCCAAAACUAAGGGAACGUAUUCUAUGUUCUUAUCUCAGGACUGGGAUACAAGUAAUGUUUAUACGGCCAAAGAUUUGUUGCACUCUAAACUUGAGAAAGUUAAAGAACCUACAGUUCGCAGUGUUCUCUCUGUGUUCUGCUUGUGGAAGAAUCUUGGCAAACAGGUCACAAAUAUUUCUCUGCCUGAAGCCCUGGAAGAUCUCUGUAAAAACAUUGAUCUAACUACUAGUGACAAGACUAAAUUGUGCAUAAAACUGUAUGCAAGAUUUUGUGAAUACCUUUAUGAAGAGAAAAAUAGCAGUUUGGCUGAAUUCUUCCUGAACCAACCCUUUACUGGUUGUAACACUCCUAUGGCAAGGAAAGUAUUGAUUAACACAAUGGUCACUAAAUUGUCUUUGGAUAUAACACAUUUAUCAUCUGCAGGAAGUUUGAAUAUUGCAGAAAAAGAGGUCCAAGGAGCAUUACAAAAAUGUUUAGCAUUAGAGAAGGCAGUUCUCCAGUCUCGUAAUGCCCAAAAAGAGGAAGAGUUUCGUCUUAAUGUUGUAACAUUUAGAGACAAGCUUGACAGGUACAAACAAGUUAAUGAUCUCUUGUCGAAGAGAAUGAAAAUUGCUGAAAAGGAAAAGCAAGAAGUUCUGACCAAAAUUGUGGACUCAAAAUCAAGAAAACUAGUUCGAGAAUUAGGUCAAACAUUGACGGCAAUCCAUCAAUCACUUGCUAAACGUAAAGGGGUCACUGGUAUGGAUGAGAGAGAAAACAGUAGAAAGGCUCUAAAAGUGGAUUAUUCCACAGAUAUUCAUUCUUCUGUAGAUAUCUGUUCAAGGGAUAGGUUUAGUAAUACAGCUGCUAGUGUAGACUUGGGAGAGGAUGUUUCCCAGACAAUCAGGGAAGGGAUCUAUGAACUUUUAGCCAGUGAAGUUGAUGUGGAUCAAGUGAGGCCAGUGAUCUAUCUUAUCAUGAAUAAAGUGGCCGGUGAAGAGGCUCCAAGAUUACCCAGUGUUUCAUGGAUUAGGAAUUUUGCACGUCUUAAUGGUUUUAAAAUAAAAUGAAGAAAUGUUUCAGUACAAGUAACCAUAAGAUGCCCUAAACAUUAGUUAGUUUAUAAGACUUUUUUUUUUUUUCAACACACCAGCUGCAUCUCACUGAGGCAGGGUGACCUAAAAAUGAAAACCAAAGUUUUUCAUUUUAACCCUUAAACGGUCCAAACGUAUAUAUACAUUCACGCGCGUAGCGCCCCAAACGUAUAUAUACGUUUUCUUUGUCAUUCAUUCAACAUUGCCACAAUAAGCUUGAGUCACCUAGACAUGAGAGAAUGGGUGUGCGCACUCACUGUGCGCCAUAUUAAAAUAAUUGGGGAUGCCUGGGUACCAUAUGCUCUUUUUUCCUUUUAAAAAAACAGAUUUUUUUUUUUUCUCAAAAAAUUUGGGGCGCUAUGCGAGUGAACGUAUAUAUACAUUUGUACCGUUUAAGGGUUAAAUUUAGUAAUUUAUGCAGAUGGGGUUACUAGUCCCUUCCCUUUGACAUUUUAGUCACCACUUAUGACAUGCUUCGCUUUAUUAGACAUGUUACCAUAAAUGGUAAAAAUUAUUUCUUAUGAGCAAGAUAAUAAUAUAGAAUUCAGCACCUUCUUUUUUUUUUUUUUUUUUUUUUUUUGCCAUACAGGAGAGCCCCGCUUAUACAGCAGGUCAGGUUCUGGGCUACUGCUGUAAAGUUAAACAUAUCCUUUUUUUACUUUCAAAUUCAUAUAAAAGCCUGAUAACAUGUUUAUAUUAUCAUAUAUUAAGUGAGUAAUAGAGCUAGGCCUUAAAAAUGCAUAUAUAUUACGCACAUCACUUAUCUUACAAUAUUUUUAUUCUUAUAGUGAGUGGUGAAUAUAUUUAAUGUAGGACGUCUGGAUGAAUGAAGAAUGGGUAUGACUAAAAACCACUGUAUUAGUGAAACACUGUAAAGCGAAGCGUUAUAAAGUGGGGCCUUCCUGUACUUUUAAUGUUCACUUUCAUUUAUUGUUUAUUAUACCCAAAUUUAAUUCUUGUUAAUUUUUUAUUUUAGUAAUUCCAGUGUAAUUUUUGGCUACAUACAAGCAUGUUUGUAAGUAGGGAGUUGGUCUUAAUUUUUUUUGUUAGUUUGCAUAUCUGGUGAUGAGAAUUGGAGUAUAGUUGUUCACUUCCUAUGUGUUUAAAGAAUUGAACGAGAGGAAGCAAAAAUGACUUAUAAGCGUAGUAUAGGACUGACACAGCAGAUGGCUGGUAUACACAAGUGCUGGUCCAGUCUUGUGGAUAACUAACAUUUCUUCUACUAAUUUCCUUUUCAUCCUCAUUCACCCUUCUCCACCUCACCUUUCUUCUCAAUUUUCCUUUUUCUCUGUUUUUCUUCUCUAUCAUUCAUUACUUCAUCUUCUUGCCCAUUUUUCUUCUCCAUCUUCCUCCUUGGUGAGCAUUGACCCAUACAAGUUUAGUGUUUUUUUUGUGAAUAUAAGUACAGCCUCUCCUCACUUAACAAUGGAGUUCCAUUCCUAAGACCACAUAGGUAAACGAAUUCGUUGCUAAGUGAGGAGCAUGCUGUAAUGGUAGUGGGUUUGUGUCAACUAUAUUUGAUAUUAUUUUAAUGUCACCUUUUCAUCAUUUAUAACAUUUGUGGUAUAUUCUUAAAUGUUUAUAGAGUAGUGUACUGUAUAUUGUAAUAAACAGAAUAGAGGAAAUCAGCUUUAACACAUUAUUUAGGUGUGCAUACUGGUCACAGAACCCGUCGUAAGUUGGAGGCAUUGGUAAAUGAGAACAUCACUAAGUGAGGAGAGGCUGUAAUUGGAGCUUGGGUAAUAGCCACUGACUAUAUUUUGAGGUAAAAUACAUGUAGGUACCAUUAGCUAAUCUCCAAGCCUAGUAAAGGCUGAGAUAAAUAUGCUGUAAUUGUAUGAGAUGAUUUAAAUGAAACUAAUUUGGUUUUUCUUUACAAUUUAAAGUAAAUAAACAUUGGUGGGUCAUUUGAAUUAUGCCCAUACACUCCUGGAAAGACAGUUUGGGAAUGAGCAAUGGUGAACUUUUUUUUUUUUUUCACCCUACCUGGGUGGGAAAUGGUGGGUGUAUUUAAAAAAAAUCUUACUCUAUAUCUUCACCUGUUUGUGGUUAUAGAGGCUGAGUCUCAGUUUCUGGCAUUGACUAGUAAUUGUAUUAUUAAUUACAUGUUGAUUCCUCUUAUUUUUUUUAGUCCCAGUCACAACAAUAUUCCAUUGCUGUAUUAUUAUUAUUAUUAUUAUUAUUAUUAUUAUUAUUAUUAUUAUUAUUAUUAUUAUUAUAAUGGGGGAGUGCUAAACCCGUAGGAUUGUACAGCGCAUGUGGGGGGUGAUGAAAGAUAUUCAGGCUAAAUUCCGGGAACUGGAGCACAGAUCCAAUUCCCUAGAUCAAGAGCCCCUCACCAGCUUCAAGGAACCUCCCUUGAGGGGUCCAUUGCUGUAGCUUUCAUAAUAAAUUGAUAGUUAAACAAGAGGUCAACAACAUGCAAAUGACCUGAGUUACAAACAUCUCUACUUAAAAACUGAGGACUUAGGAAUUAUCUAAAGUUUUAUUUAUCAUUGAGCUGCACUACAACCAGGUGAAAUAGCCAUCCUUUGUAGUACAUACUAUUAUUUUCUAUAUAAACAUAUUUGCAGGUUGAAAAGUCAGGAAUGCAGCUCAUUGUAAGUUGAGGACCUGCUGCAGUACACUUACAGUGCUGUAUUGUAUUAAGAUAUUUGUACACUAAUUUAGAUUUUUUUGUACUUUAAUAGCAUUUAUAUGACUGUAUAUCUUAAUGUCCUAUAGAAAUUCAGCUAAUAUUUGAUUUUUUUGGGUAUUGAAAGUAGCUAUAUGUGCUGAACUUCAACUUUUUUUAUAUUUGUAUGGUAUAGUAAUUAAUAGAUUUACUGUUAACACAGUUUUAAUUAUUGACUCAUAAUCUUAACUUAUGAGUACAACCCAUUUUGUAUUGAUGAAUAAAUUAAAUUUCAUAAUGUUUCUUUUUAUGUCCCACUGACACUGGUUCACCUAGGUAUGUCACAUUCUCCUUCCUCCCUCUCAAACCUGGGUGUAUCACACUCUCCUCCCUCCCUCCCAAACCUGCGUGUGUCACACCCUCAGCCUGCCCUCCCUCCCCCCCAAACCUGGGAGUGUCACACUCUCCUUCCUCCCUCCCAAACCUGGGUGUCACACUCCUCCCUCCUUCCUUCCUCCCAAACCUGGGUGUCACAUUCUUCUCCCUCCUUCCCUCCCAAACCUGGGUGUGUCACACUCUUCUCCUUCCCUCCCUCCCUCCCUCCUAAACCUGGGACACUGUACCAUGGUGGCAUGGUUUGUGCCCCCCUCCUUUACCCAAAGCUGGGACACUUUACCAUGGUUGCAUGGUUUGUGCCUCCCCCUAUCCUUCCCCAAAUCAGGGACACCCUACCAUGGUGGCAUGGUUUGUGCUCUCUCCUUAACCCCAAGCUGGGACACCUUACCAUAGUGGC